GCGGUCGUGCCCUGUGGCAGCCCCCGGACGGAUCGGAGCGGAUCGGAUCGGAGCGGGGCGAUGGUGUCCAGGGCCGCCGACCGGCUGCUGAUCGUCGUCUCCAUCCUGGAAGGGCGCUAUUUUCCAAAACGACCCAAGUACAUGCUUAUAGUUGAAGCAAAGUUUGAUGGUGAACAGCUGGCUACUGAUCCUGUAGAGCAUACUGAUCAGCCAGAAUUUGCCACUGAAUUGGCUUGGGAACUUGAUAGGAAAGCACUUCAUCAGCACAGGCUGCAGCGUACACCUAUCAAACUCCAGUGUUUUGCUUUGGAUCCUGUCUCUUCAGCUAAAGAGAAUAUAGGCUAUAUUGUACUUGAUUUAAGGGCUGUGCAGGAAAAGAAACAGACACCAAAAUGGUAUCCUCUGCUUAGUAACAAGUACACUAAAUUUAAAUCUGAAAUACAAGUAGGUGUGGUGUUGGAAACUGAUACAAAAGCAUUGGUGGAUGGUUUUAAAGCAAAGGAGGCACCCCCUAGAGAAGGGAGAGUGUCUGCCUUUCUUUCUGGACUAGACCCUAAAAACAUUGUACCGGUCCUGAAUGAAGAAGAGGGCUAUCAUCAAAUUGGACCAGCAGAGUGUUGCAGAGACUAUUUUGUUUUGUCUGUAACCAUUGCAUUUGCCACGCAGCUGGAACAGUUAGUUCCUAGUACUAUGAAGCUUCCUGAACGACAGCCUGAGUUUUUUUUCUACUACUCAUUACUGGGAAAUGAUGUAACAAACGAAACUUUCACUGAUUUAAUUAAUCCAAACUUUGAGCCAGAAAGAGCUUCAGUUCGAAUACGUAGUACAGCUGAUGUUCUUCAAGUUUAUCUUUGUGCACAGUCAAAAUUGCAGAUCCAUCUUUGCUGUGGUGACCAGUCUCUUGGAAGCACUGAAAUACCCCUGUCUGGACUACUGAAGAAAGGAAGCGUGGAAAUCGAUCAGCAUCCUGUGGCAAUAGAAGGAGCAUUUAUCCUUGUUCCACCAAAUAGAACUAAACAAAAGCUGCCACAGUUGCCCUUGGAUAUGACUCCUACUGUGGGUGUAUCUGUAGUUCUGCAAAAGGAGAGCUUAAAUGUACAGCCUCUACAGCCUUUGAUUCCCAUAAAUGCUCCAACUGAACCUAAACAGCCACAGAAGAAAGUUCUUUCACCUGUUAGUGGAAAAACAGAGGGCCUGCAGCAGACAUCCAAGGAUGUCCCAUCUCAAAAUGACCACACUUCACCAACAGAUGAAGCAACAGAAAGUGAAGUGGAAAGUCUUAAGUUUGAAAAAGGCACAAAGCUGAAAAAAACAACUGAUGCUGCACCAGUAGCUGCAUCUCAGUCCAACCAAGUGGGUGCAUCCAGUUCUUCUGAGCCUGUGUCAGCACAGAAAAUUGUCAUUCCAGCAGCCUCUCACCAUUUUUGCUUUUCAAUAGACUUACGAACUAUACGUGGUCUGGAAGUUGGUUUUCCAAUAAAUUGCAUUUUAAGGUACUCGUAUCCCUUUUUUGGCAGUGCAGCGCCUAUUAUGACAAGCCCACCCACAGAAAUCAGGAAGAACAUGGAAGUUUUUCUUCCACAGUCCUACUGUGCAUUUGACUUUGCAACUACACCUCAUCAGCUUCAGGAUACAUUCUUCAGAUUACCUCUGCUGGUCGAGUUGUGGCACAAGGAUAGAACAACUAAAGACAUGCUUCUAGGGAUUGCAAGACUUCAGCUUUCAAAUAUUUUGGCUUCAGAAAAAACCCGUUUCUUGGGUGGUAAUGGUGAACAAUGUUGGCGUCAGACUUUCAAUGAAACAGUCAGUGUCACAGAAGCACAAGGGUCAGGCAACAGAAUAGCAGAGCUUUCAUAUGCCAUCACUUUGGAAGACUACGGGCUUGUGAAAAUGCAUGAAGUUCUGGUGUCAGAUUCUUCUCAAUGUGUAGGUGCUGGUCAGCAGCGGCAUCUCCCUCAUACUCAGCCUCAUGGUGUCCCAGAAAACCAGCCAGAACCUCGAGAAACUCUUGAAUACAAAGCAGCACUGGAGUUAGAAAUGUGGAAGGAAAUGCAAGAAGACAUUUUUGAAAAUCAGCUUAAAAAGAAGGAGAUGGCCCAUAUGCAAGCACUUGCAGAAGAAUGGAAGAAAAGAGACAGAGAGAGAGAGGCAUUAGUGAAGAAGAAGGUAGCGGAAUAUACUGUUUUGGAAGAACAACUUCAGAAAACCUUGAGAGAUCUAGAUAAGCGAGAGCGACAUCUUUUUAGUGCUGAAUCAGAGCUUCAAAGAGUAAAGAAGGAGUUGCAAGCAGAGCAUGAACGAAAUAAGCUGGAGUUACAGGAUUCUGUGCGGCGUGCCAGAGAAGAAUGUGCUCACCAAAUUGAGCUAGAAAGGUCAAAAAUCAAACAGAUGGAAGAAGACAAGCUUCGUCUACAGCAGCAGCUUUAUGAAGCAGAAAAUAAGCAUAAAAUUUUGGAGAAGGAGUUCCAGCAAUACAAAGAACAGCAAAGUAGUAAACCAGAAAUCCAGCUGCAGUCGGAAAUAAAUCUCCUCACUUUAGAAAAGGUUGAACUUGAAAGAAAGUUGGAGUCAGCUACCAAGUCAAAGCUCCACUACAAACAACAGUGGGCAAGAGCUUUGAAAGAACUUGCAAGGUUAAAACAGCGUGAACAAGAAAGUGCAAUGGCUCGCCUUAAAAAGCAGCAACAAGAGCUGGAGCACAUGAGGUUGCGCUAUUUGGCAGCAGAAGAAAAAGAGCUGGGGAAAACAGACCGACAAGAGCUGGAGGAUAUCAGAAAUGAACUUAACAGGCUAAAGCAACAAGAAGAAGAGAGAAAGCAAUUGCAAGAUGUUAGAGAUAAUUCUGCUGGUAGAGUGGAUAGUCCUCAUUCUAUAAAAUUAAAUGAGAACAUGGAUGAUUAUCUCUCUCGUCUGAUAGAAGAGAGGGAUACCUUGUUGAGAACAGGCGUCUAUAAUCAUGAAGACCAUAUUGUAAGUGAACUUGAUCGUCAAAUCAGAGAAGCUAUUGCAAAAAGGAAUACCACUAGAUAAAAGCAUUCAAAAAGCUGUUAAAAAGAGCCUAAACUUGAACAGAGUAACUGAUUUUUAAACCACUUUCUGCAAAAAUGUAUAGUCAUGCUUAAAUUUUGCACAUUUUUAGCCAUUUUUGAAGUCAAGGUAAAUAUUUGCAAUUCAUAAUGUUAAGCACAGUUGUGAGUUUUACAGGGAGUGACUGGUUUUUAAUGUUUUUAUACUCAUAUAUAUAUAUAUAUAUGUAAAUAUAUUUAUCCUGUGUAUUUUCCUCUGAAAUGUUUUCUACCUCUUUGUACCACCGUGCCUAGGUAUAUUUUUAAUAUUUUUUAUAAUUGUUCUAAGCUUUUUGGUCAAUACUGUCAUAACUUAUUUAAAUUUUUGUAAAAAGGGUUCUUCAACUAUAGCAGGAAAAAAUUACAUUAGCUGUUUUCCCUGAUAGAAUUCUUAAUUCUGACCCAAAAUGCAUCACUUGAACUUGACAUGCCACUUCCUAUUAAAUCACAAGGUAAUCAACCUUUGCUUUGGUAACUGUAGUUAAGAUAGCAAGUUCUGUAGUUAAUACUCUUUCAAGAGUCAAGGUUUUAAAUGGAGAAGAAAACUCACACCUUGUGAAACUGAUUGAAAUAUUAAGUAACUAGUUUGAAUUGUACAGGAUGAAAGUCCCUUUGUCCUAGCAGUUUUGCACAUAAGCCAGUAAAGGUGAACCCAGGAGGGUAAAGCCGUGGUUCAGGAAUAAACAUGCAUUGUAUUCAUCCCUCAAAACAAAAGAUAUAUAAAUUCACUGAAUUAGUACCUCAAAUGUUGAACACUUGCAUAAGAAAGCUUUUCUAAGUAAUGAUUUUUUCCUUAAUCAAGAUCUGGUCAUUUUACGAUUCCUUAACAUAUAUUUCAAUGCAUGUUUUCUCAUUGCCACUUAAAUUUUAUGUAGUACUUGAUUAAGUAUGAAAAAAAUAGCCUCAAGGUGUUGAAUGCCACAACAGAAUUCAACAAGAAAUGUUAGUAUGUGCAUAAUCAGUUGAAAUAGUUUUUUUCCAAACUUCAUUGUCAGUUAUUUUAAAAUCAUUCAUGUGGAUCUAGUACAACACGGGUUUUUCAACGGGGAUUUUUGUCUGUCCUGUUGGUACAAUGUUUCUGAGUAUUGAAAAAGUCUUAGGUAUCUUUGUUCAUCUAAAGCAUAACAAAUCCCAUGUAAAAAAAAAAAAAACAAAAAAAAAAAAACAUAAAAUCUACGAAUAUCUAAAGACAUGGCUGUAUAUAUUUUGCCUUCCUGAUUUGCAUGGUAUGAAUUAUAUAGAAAAUAGACAUAACAUUGCAUCUGACUUUGCCCCUAAGUGUGUUGUUCCUCUUCCUCCCUACCAUGGGCUUAUCUCCUGCUAAAUAAAUUGUUAUUUAGGGCCUAUAAUGUUUUAAACUAGCCAUAUAAACUCAGAUAUCAGAUUCUAUAAGGAAUUACUGAUUAUCAGUGUCAGACUUGUUAAGAAGUGCUUUUGUAUCGCCUUGCACACCUACAUUUUUUCAAAUUAUUGUGCUUAAAAAGAUCCUAUUUUGCUAGUAAAACAAGUAAUAUCUUCAUAAAUCCAGUACAAAUCCAUAACAUGCAACUUUAUACAUUUUUUUUGUUGUGACUUAUCAAUGACGCAUGAUCACAUGCAAUUAUUGUAAAUGAAUCAGGAGGGCUUCUAUAUGGAUAGGAAGACUUGCUCAAGACAUUCUUCAAAUGCUUGCUGAUUUGCUGGAAGUGCAGUUUCUUUUUGAAACACUGGGGGGUGCGUUAGUCUUAAAGAUCUUAUAGAUUGUUUACUAACAAUUUUCAUAAUUGGUGAUAUUUUUGAACUGAUAUUCUAUGACUUUUCAGGUGUUACGUUAUUAAAUAAAACUCAAAUUUUUAUUAUUAA